AUGCUGAUAGUUGCUGUACAUAGCAGUUUUUUACCAUAGCUAGCCUAGCCACAGGGCCCCCGGAGUGCAUGAUAAAAUUGCUACAUUGUAUCCCCACGGGGAAUCAAAUGGUGAAGUUACAUUGUAACCAGUGAUCGAAUCGAACAUCAUUCUGAGAUGUGUUUUUUUAGUUCGCUGGCUGCUAGGCUUUUCACCACCUAGCCAGACGGUGUUAUGUGUUGACUGAAAAGAGGACAGUGUGCGUCAGCAUUCAAGAUGGACACCGCCGAGGAAGGGGAUAUAUGCCGGGUCUGCCGGUCUGAAGGAACCCCGGACAAGCCACUAUAUCACCCCUGUGUUUGCACAGGAAGUAUAAAAUUCAUCCAUCAAGAAUGCUUGGUACAAUGGCUAAAACACAGCAGAAAAGAAUACUGCGAGUUAUGCAAACACAGAUUUGCUUUUACGCCAAUCUAUUCUCCAGAUAUGCCUUCCCGACUGCCUGUUCAGGACAUAUUUGCGGGGCUGGUGACAAGUGUAGGCACAGCUAUUAGAUACUGGUUUCACUACACACUAGUUGCCUUUGCUUGGCUGGGAGUCGUUCCUCUCACAGCAUGUCGCAUCUACAAGUGUCUGUUUACCGGCUCUGUGAGCUCACUCCUUACCCUGCCAUUAGAUAUGCUUUCUACAGAGAACUUGCUGGCGGACUGCUUGCAGGGUUGUUUUGUGGUGACGUGUACACUCUGCGCCUUCAUCAGUCUGGUGUGGCUGCGGGAGCAGAUUGUUCAUGGUGGCGCCCCCCAGUGGCUGGAGCAGAAUCAGCAGCAGCAGCCACAACAUGCACCAGCUCCACAACUUAAUGAGCAGGGCCCUGGUCCUGGGCAGGGGGCGGGUGAGAACCAGCCUGCUGCUGCUGAGCCCCUGGCGGACAAUGGUCCAGCGGCUGAGGUCCCUGACAUCCAGGUGGACCCGGCAGAGCACAUGGAGCUGGAGGACGAGGCUGAGGAUGUAGGGGACGCCAACAAUGGUGCACAAGAUGACAUGAAUUGGAAUGCCCUGGAAUGGGACCGGGCAGCAGAGGAGCUAACGUGGGAGAGGAUGCUCGGUCUUGAUGGCUCCUUGGUUUUCCUGGUAAGUAGCUCAUUCCCCAUGUUUGAUGAAAAUCUUCAGGUUGUUGUAAAUAUGUUGUCCUUCUUUCUUCAUCAGGAGCACGUCUUCUGGGUGGUCUCACUAAACACACUCUUCAUUUUGGUGUUCGCUUUUUGUCCGUAUCAUAUUGGACAUUUCUCAGUUGUGGGUCUUGGCUUUGAAAAUAAUGUGCAGGCCUCCCACUUCGAAGGCCUCAUCACCACCAUCGUAGGCUAUAUCUUCCUGGCCAUGACAUUAAUACUGUGCCAUGGAUUGGCAGCGUUGGUGAGAUUUCAAAGAUCCAGACACCUUUUAGGAGUGUGCUACAUUGUUGUCAAGGUAUCCCUGCUGGUAGUCGUGGAGAUCGGUGUGUUCCCUGUCAUCUGUGGCUGGUGGCUCGACAUCUGCUCACUGGAGAUGUUUGAUGCCUCUCUGAAGGACAGAGAGCUGAGUUUUGACUCUGCUCCCGGCACCACCAUGUUCCUCCACUGGCUUGUAGGGAUGGUCUACGUCUUCUACUUUGCCUCGUUCAUCCUCUUACUGCGAGAGGUGCUGAGACCUGGUGUUUUAUGGUUUCUCAGAAACCUGAACGAUCCUGAUUUUAAUCCUGUCCAAGAAAUGAUUCACCUGCCGAUAUACAGACAUCUCAGAAGAUUAAUUUUAUCAGUGGUGGUGUUUGGCUCCAUAGUUUUACUAAUGUUGUGGCUUCCCAUAAGGAUGAUCAAAUUCAUCCUCCCAGCCUUCCUCCCCUACAAUGUCAUGCUGUACAGUGAUGCUCCAGUCAGUGAGCUCUCUCUGGAGCUGCUGCUACUUCAGGUGGUUCUGCCUGCGCUGCUGGAACAAGGUCACACACGCCAGUGGCUCAAAGGCCUGGUCAGAGCCUGGACCGUCACCGCUGGAUAUCUGCUAGACCUCCACUCGUACCUGUUGGGUGACCAGGAGGAGAAUGAUGAUGAUGCGGACCAGCAGGCCAACAACAAUCCGCAGGGGAGGAAUAACAACGCCAUCCCUGAUGGGCUGCACGCUGCCCACCAGGCUAUCCUACAGCAGGGAGGUCCUGUCGGCUUCCAGCCCUACCACCAACCCAUUAAGUUCAGCUUCAGGAUUGUGUUGCUGAUUGUGUUCAUGUGUGUGACACUGCUGGUGGCCAGUCUGGUGUGCCUCACGUUGCCAGUAUUCGCCGGCCGGUACCUGAUGUCUCUCUGGACGGGCAGCGCAAAGAUCCACGAGCUGUACACGGCAGCGUGCGGCCUAUACGUGUGCUGGCUGUCCAUCAGGGCCAUCACCAUACUGCUGGCCUGGAUGCCACAGGGCAGGAGGGUCAUUCUGCUCAAGGUCCAGGAGUGGACCCUCAUGGUAAUGCUCUGCAACACGAUCCUGAAGACGGUGGUCGUGGCUGUGCUGCUGGUUGGAGCCAUCCCUCUGCUGCUGGGCCUGCUAUUUGAGCUGGUCAUAGUAGCUCCUCUCAGGGUGCCAUUGGACCAGACACCACUCUUCUACCCCUGGCAGGACUGGGCUCUCGGAGUGCUCCAUGCCAAAAUUAUUGCUGCCAUUACUCUGAUGGGUCCCCAGUGGUGGCUGAAAACCGUGAUCGAACAGGUGUACGCUAAUGGAAUUCGCAACAUUGAUCUCCAUUUCAUCAUCCGUAAGCUGGCUGCUCCGGUUAUCUGUGUGCUACUGGUGUCUCUCUGUGUGCCCUAUGUCAUCUCUGCUGGCAUCGUCCCAAUCGUAGCUCAAUAUUCCCCAGGAGUUACCAUGGAGAUGCAGAAUUUGGUGCAGAGGAGAAUCUACCCGUUACUGGUCAUGGUAGUCAUGCUGGUGGGAAUCCUCUCCUUCCAGAUCCGUCAAUUUAAGCGCCUUUAUGAGCACAUUAAGAAUGACAAGUACCUGGUUGGACAGAGACUGGUGAACUAUGAACGCAAGGCGGCAGGCAGAAGCACCACAGCCGCACACAGCAGCUCUUCCCAGGAGUAGGAGCUGUUAUCACCUGACCUGAGAACAGCCUCUAGUUGUGAGGCCUCUCUCCUCCCUUCUGACAUCUCUUCACAUUCAUGACUCAAGCACUCGCCUCUCGCAAUGUCUUCUUUCACUCCCUGCUUACAAGCGUAGCCAGAGAACUGAGGAGUUUGUUUUACAAAAAAGAUUAAACAAAGUCAAAAAUACCCUGAUAACCAACCAACUUGGAAUUGAAAAAAUGGUUUAAUCUUUGUACAUCUUGAAAGAAAAAAAUAGUAUUUUGUGAAUUCAUUUAUUGAAGACUUUGUGAGUUCCUGUUGUUAGGUCUGGAUGGACUGCUACAGUACCUGACCUGUUUGAAUAGGAGGAGGCAGAGUCCCGGGAAGCCUCUUUUCAGCUCUGCUCUAUGGGAUAAUCCCAUUGGAACACAUGACUGAAGCUCUGCUUUAGAGGGAGCAAUGUGAGACAAAGCUGAAGAACUUUGGGAUCAGUUUUUGUAGUUUGUAUUUAUUUGUUUCGAUUUCCCUUUUUAGGGGUUUAGUAUUACAGUGUGUGGGUGAGAGGUUGUUAUUUGCAAGAAAGAAAUGUUCCUAUUGGAAUGGGUGAUUUAGUCUUUCUGUAGCAGGGCUUAAAGCAAGGGACUUUUUAAUUCAGAUUUAUAGAUUUCGGUUCACUGACCGGCCACAAAGGAGCUAAUGAGUGUGUCAGGCUUCCCAGAAUAGCAAUAUACUGGCUUGAUGGUCUCCUGUCUCAGGCUGGGGUUAUUAAUUAACCCAACUAGACAUAUUUAUAUGAUGUAGCUCUAGUGUUUAGUGUCAUUUGAGAGAACCCUAAAAGGCAGAGUAUCUGCUGAGUUUGGCAUUAGGAAUUUACAAGAUUGUAACUGCUCAUGAAAUUUGUAUAAUUUCUACUCUACAGUUCUUGCUACACCUGUUCUUACUUAUGCACGAAUAUAUCAGUCUGUUGCACUUUAAAAAGCUUUAACAUAGUGGCAAUCAUUCAUAAACCAUUUUAUUUAAAUCAAGUCAGUAUUUCAUUCUGGGGGUGAGGACACUAAAAUUAAAUAUGAGUUUUCGAUCUAGUUUGACACUUUUUGGGGCUGUGUGUUGAGAUAUGUUUGUAAAUAAAGCAUUUUUUUUUUCAUUUCACUGUGUACCAUUGUCUUAUAAGUUCCAGGUUUAAGACUUGAUUUCCAAAUUUCAGAGAGUGUAUUAAAUGCUAAGAUUCUAUAAGUGACCUUCUAGUAACUUAAUAUACAAAACUGGAUGCUGGUGUUUACCUGUUGAGUUUAUGCAGACUCAUUUUUAAGCAAAUGUUCUAUUUUUAUAAGUGCAUAUAGAGGCAGUUUCUAGUUGUGUAAAUCUUGUGUUGCUGUUUUGUCUGCUUCAUGUUGUUUUUCUGUGUGUUCCUGAGUGGUCAAGUGUGUAUUGGUCAUCUUAAUAAAUGGCUACUAGAAAAA